ACAAAAACCCAUAUUGCUUCACACACACUCCUGUCUCUCUACUUCCCCAAGUUGAGAAACCGCUCAUCUUCUCCACCCAAUUGACUAUUAUACCUGUUUUUGCAAAACCAAGAAUUGACCUUUUCUGCUUGUCUUCAUGCCCUUCUCAGAAUAUGUUGUAUCUCCAAAGCCUUGUGGUGCUCUUUGAGCUUGAAUUUUAACUGGGUUUUCACUUUUCUUGAAGUAGAUUUCAGCUGGGGCUCUGGAUUUGAGGUGGGCCUUUUUGGAGUUCCAAGGGUUUGGGUCAUAUGGAUGUCCCUUGUGAUCUUGAAAUGGAUGUGAAUGGUGAAGAGGUUUUCAUGGUAAACAAGAAUGUUCUGUCUUUUUAUUGCGGGAGAAUUCGCAAAUUGUUUAGCAAAUCGAAGGGCAGGGGGAGUAAUGUGAAGGUGAUUUUCCAUGAUUUUCCCGGAGGGGCUGAGAGUUUUGAGCUAAUCGCGAGGUUCUGCUACAACAAAGGUAAUAUUAGUGUAAACCCGUUUAACGUUUCAGCUCUGUACUGUGGGGCGCAUUUUAUGGAAAUGGAUAAAUGUGACUUUGGGAGCCAAAAUCUGGUUGAUAAAAUGGAGAAAUCGCUGAAAGAUAUUAGAUAUUGGACAUGGUCUGAGCUUGUUGUGGCUUUGAGGCAGUGCCAAAAUUUGGUUCCCGUGGCAAGUUCUUCGGGUAUGCUCGAUAGAUACCUCGAUUCUCUGAUCGGGAGGGUAGCUUCGUCUUGUGAAGCAAGUCCGUGUCCUUCUGCCUCUUCCCCCGAGAGUGGCGGUUUUCGUUUGUCCUGUGACACUAGAAGCACUGAGAGCUUGAGAACUAGCAUCUUUCGAACAACAACGUGGUGGUUUGAUGAUCUUGCAAGUUUCGAGCCCUUUCUGUUCGAAAUGCUGAUUAAGCAAAUGGUGUCCAAGAACUUUGAUCAUAUAGUUCUGAGUAAAUUUAUCUUUUACUACCAAAAAACGAAGUUCGCUGCUGCAACAACAACGGGCGAGAAAUCCAAAAUCAUGGAGACAGUUAUCGGGAUGCUUUAUUUGCUUGACUCGAGUGCUGUUCCCUGCAAGAAUCUAUUCGUGAUGCUCCGGGUUUCUGCGCACUUAAACAUGAGCAAAUGCUGCAGAAACAAGCUGCAAAGCAUGAUCGGUUCGCAGUUAGACCACGCGACGUUAGACAAUUUGCUACUUCCAUCGCCUCUUGGGACGAGCUAUUUAUAUGAUGUAAAUUCUGUUCUUAAGUUUCUGAAAUCAUUUCUUAGCAGAGGAGCUUGUUCUGUGCCAUUGACUCGACUAAAGAAAGUCGCCCACUUGAUGGACUUGUAUGUAGCAGAAGUAGCACCUGAUCCUCGUUUAAAACCGGCUAAAUUCCUCGCCCUAAUAAGGUCGUUGCCCGAUUCUGCUAGAGACUCUCAUGACAGAAUUUAUCACGCAAUGGAUAUGUAUCUGGAGGUUCAUUCAGGAUUACCCGAAGAAGAAAAGAUGACAAUCUGUUGUGAACUGAAUUACGAGAAGCUCUCAACCGAAGCUCGCAACCAUCUUGCCCAGAACAACAAAUUUCCAUCAAAAUCUGCAGUGCAAGCUCUGAUUUCCCAGCAAUCCAAGCUCAAAAGCCUGCUCCAGAAAACCAAUCAAGACUCCCCGUGUCGUUUCCAGAGAACCGAGAGUCUGAAAAAGGAUGACCAAGGCUGUGAACAAAUCGUCCUCUACGCCCGAAAACUCGAUCUUUCAACCCAGAACGACAACCUCAGAGCGCAUUUGCAAGGUAUGCAAUGGAGAGUAAUGGAACUGGAGAGAGUCUGCCGGAAAAUGCAGAUUCAAAUGACAAAGAUCAUGAAAUCGAGACUCACAAGCCAAACCAAUCCCAGAUCUUUACCUAGGCUUUGCUCAUGAUCUGAAACUAUCUACUAUGCACAUUUAUAUGCUCCUUAUUCUUUUCGAACAUGCACAAUAUAUGUACAUAUCAUAUAAAAUUAGCUGUACUCAUCUGUUCUGUUCUUGUUAGGAUCAAACGUUUACCACUACACCAAAACCUAUAUCUAAUAGCAAAGGCGAAAUUUUAUUUUCUUA